UCAAGAGAAAAUGGGUGUAUGUCUAAUUUCCAAUUGUAUUUUUAUUUAACAAGUUUACAAAUACAUGCUGGCAACGUUGUUAAUUAGCAGUGCUACAAAAUCUGACAGAAGAACAAUGUAUUGGCGGCAACCGGUUAAAACACUAAUUUAUUUAAUAGUCUUUUAUUUUUGUUGUUUCCACAUAAGUGAAUAGUUUUACCCGCCAUCAAGGUGCUACUCGCUCGAAUAUGAAGUGCACGAUUCCGGAAAUAUCGUGGCAUAAUAAAGAGCCGGUGUUUUCAGUGGAUAUUUUUCCAGAAAAUGGGCAGUUUUACAGGUUAGCUUCUGGCGGUGGUGAUUGUCAUGUAUUGAUAUGGCAAAUGACCAUUGCAUUAAAUGGUGCAGUAAACCAAGACCUAAUUUCGGACCUUACAAGACAUCAACGAUCUGUAAACUGUGUCAGAUGGUCUCCUUCGGGAAAGUACUUAGCUUCAGGAGAUGACGAUGCCAACAUUAUUGUUUGGCAACUUAAGACUGAUAGCAUUCCAUUGCUGGAAGGCGAAACAGGGGAUAAAGAGACAUGGACUGUCUACAAAGUUAUGAGAGGCCACAAGGAAGAUGUUUAUGACUUAUGUUGGUCAAUAGAUGAACUAAAACUGUUAUCUGGAAGUGUUGAUAAUACAGCAAUUUUAUGGGACCUAAACAAAGGAAAAAUCGACCAUAUUUUAACUGAUCACAAAGGGUUUGUCCAGGGGGUUGCCUGGGAUCCAAAAAAUCAAAUACUUGCCACGAUUAGUACCGAUAGAGUUUGUAGGAUAUUUGAUAAUACAGGCAAACAUGUUAAAGCCAGAAUACAAAAAGGAAAAAUCACUGCAGUUCCAGAAGGUCAUUUUCUAAAAGACAAAGAUGCAAAGUACUUCCACGAUGACACGUUCAAGUCGUUCUUUAGAAGGUUGCAAUUUACUCCUGAUGGUUCACUGUUAAUAGUGCCUUCAGGCUUCAUCGAGGCCGAAAACUGUAAAACUGCCCUCAACUCUACAUUGAUUUUCGCUAUUGACAAUCUCUGUUCACCCGCGGUUAUUCUUCCUUUGCCAAGGCAAAGCAGUACGGCAGUCAGAUGCUGCCCAAUUCUAUUUGAACUUAAAGAAGAAGGCCCUGCUCCAACAAUUAAGCUACCAUACCGAAUGAUAUUUGCCGUAGGGACUGAUCAUGAUAUUAUUUUAUAUGAUACGCAACAAAAGUUACCAUUUGCGCGGUUCCAAGAAAUACAUUAUACUAGAAUCACUGAUCUGACUUGGUCCCAGGAUGGUUUACUGCUGAUCGCUUCCUCCACUGAUGGAUUUUGCAGUCUAAUCACGUUCGAACCAAACGAACUUGGCACAGCUUGGGUAAAAAAUGAAGAAGAGAUUGAGGAAAAUCUUUUGGAGGUCAGUGCCUGUCAGGAACUAAUCGAAAAGGAUGAAAAUGUCGAUAUCGCUGAUAAGGAAGUAAAUAAAGGCGAAAAGAAUGAUGCAGCAAAAAAGGAGCACAAAGAAGAAUCGAUAAAACGACCCAGCUUUUUAGAGCAAUGGGCCUUGAAAACUCCAAAAAAGAGGAAAAUUGAGAAGGAUGUGGCUAGUCCUGGGGCCAAAGCUCAAGCUUUCGAAAUUUUAGAGUCACCUAUGAAAGUUAAUGUUAGUCAACAGAAUCUUCCAGCAAUGGUUGCUGAAACAGAAGAAAAGGUUGUAAGUGCAAAACCAACUAACCAAAAUCCAGUUGACAUAAUUUCUUUGGAGUCGGACGAUGAAUGCAAUAUCACACCUAUAAAGAAAAAGUCUGCUAAAUUAAUUAAGGCACAGAAAAAGGAGCCGGUUUUAAAAAUCAAACUAUCUCGGAUGGUGAACUGUAGUACACCAGAAGUAAGGCCUAAGAAAGCCAAAAACGCGCUACUUAGUUUUCUGAAACAAUCAUCUGAAAAGGCGACCAAGAAAGCGCAAGUUCCUAAAGAAUCUCACAUGGUUUUGCCAAUAGAAGAAAUUAGUGCGCGAGAUGCCUGGUCGUGUCAUGUGGCUAAUGAAGAAGCCCGAACUCCCCAAAAAAUAGACGAAAGUACAGAUGACGAUAAAACUGAAGACUUUUGUUUACAGCUUGAAGAGUCUCAAGAGUGCAGGGAACGGACUACUGAUCCACAAAGAUCCAAUGAGAAACACCUUGAAAAGUCUGAUUUAGAUGAUAAGAAAGAAAGUGCAAAAAAAGCGGAAAGUCAGAGUUCCGCGUUGAAAACACCCAGAAGGGUGGCAUUGAUUACAUUAUGUGGCCCGGGAAGAAAACUACGAAAAUAAUCGUUCUUCCCUGUUCCACAUGAAGAAUGAAAAUGAAGUUUCGCUGUAUAGCACGACGACGAGCUUUUGUUUAAAGAUAACUAGUAAAUAUUAUGCGCUUUUAGACUGUGAGUGUCCCCGUUUUAUAUAUAGAAAAUUUGAAGAAAACUUAUUUUCAUUCAAAGUUCGUAUUUGAUUAGUAUAUAUUGAGGAUAGAUAUAUUUGUAAAAAUUCAAAUGAAAAGGAAACGAAUAAAUGUUGCCCAAACGUAAA